AUGGAUACUGCCCCGGCUGCCAAAUCGGAGCCACCACCCAGUCAAGAGGCUCAGAUUGUACGACCGCCAAUGAGACGCAUGCACUCAGAUGAGACAGAGCGGCCAUCUUCAGCACAGCGCACGAAAGACGAGGUCGACGACGAAGCAAAUGCAGCCGCUGAGCAACAGUCAGAAGAUGAAGAGAGUGACCCCGCAGAAAAAAUUGUCGAUUUUGAUUGGGAAGACCUAGAGGCGCGGUACCACGAUGCCAUGAAGACAUGCCACAAUCAGGAGGACCUACUAAUGCAAGAGUGGGAUAAUCUCAUGAAUUACUUCCGCAUCUGGGCUUCGUCAGGGAAUGAGCACGAGACCGAGCGGACCUACGCAAGGUAA